AUGAGUUGCAUCUAUUAUGCCACCUUUUCUCUUUGUUUCCUCCUUUCAGACCCACAAUUGCGUCGACCCAGGGGAAUCAAUGAGGUGUCGGAAUUUUUGAAGACCGUCUUUGAAAGUAGGCAUCCACCCGCCCAAUCGAAGUUGCUUUCUCUCUUCCGGCCGCAGAAUGUGGACUACUCUCGAUGUUACCGUUUAUUUGUCAAAGAUGAGCUGCUUAAUGGCAGAGGCUCAGCUCUGCCCAUUGACGGCAAUAGAGUUUGGGGUUCCCACGCUGGAAAUACUACCAGAUCCACAACGAAUCGAACACUGAGCUACUGGUGCCUGAGUCCCGGUCGGUGA